CUGUGAAAACGCCCGCACCGGCGCUGGUUAUCCGAGCCCCGGUUGCAGCGAUACUCCCCUUGCGGGGAAACGAAAAAGGUCGCCAGGGAAACGCGCGAUCCAGUUCUAAAUGUCCCCUUCUUUUUAAUCCGAGAGCAAUAAAUCGCGGAUCAGGGUUUCACUUCUGGUUCUUUUUGCUGUUCGUUUCUCCGUGGAAAUCGCCCCAAAAGUUCCGAUUUAGGGUUUUGGCGGACCUCCUCCCCGAGUCCGGAAAUGGACGGGCCGGAUCUUGCCGUCGAUGAUCGGACGUUCAAGGUCAGUUUCACCGCCGAGGGCGUGUUGAAGCUCCGGGACAGGGUGAAGGAGAAGCUGAAGGAGUUCAUGGGGGAUUACACCGACGACACCCUUGUGGAAUAUGUCAUUGUCUUGCUCAGGAAUGGCAGGCGCAAAGAUGAGUCCAGGAAGGAGCUGAAUGUGUUUUUGGGGGAUGAUAGUGUCACUUUUGUAUCCUGGCUGUGGGAUCACCUCUCUUCAAAUAUACAUCUGUAUGUGCAGCCACAAGAAUCUUUUCCUGAUGAAGUGGUUAGGACCAGUUCCAUAUCGAAUCAACUGCCAGGAAGACACAUUUCACAACCUGGGCAUCAGACUGGUAAUGUGCAGACUGAUUGUGAAUAUGAGAGAGAAAAGUUGACUAAAGUGUCGAGAAGUCGGCAUGGUAGGGAGUGGAAAGGAUUGGGGCAUGGGCAUACCGAAGUAUUUCCUCUUCGAAGUGUUGUGACUGAUAUCUUGCACUCUGAGGAGAAAACACACCACAGAACUAAUCUUGCUAGACGAUCUCGUUCUCCUAAGCCUCAAGUUCACAAAAAGCGGAGCAGAGAAGAUGAAGAACACCCAAUUAAGAGAGAUUCAGCUUCCCAUCCAGCGAUUGGUGCUCCACGCCGACUUCUCCAAUUUGCUGUUCGAGAUGCAGUUAGGACUGUGCAUCAAUCAAUCUCUAAAACUGAGCCAACUUCGAAGCGACUUCGUUCUGUGGUUUCCACAUCCACUACAGAUUCUGUGCAGGAUAAGAGACCCCAGAGAACAAAAUCAGUUGCGAGAGUGCCAGGUGCCUUGUCAACUGCACUCAAAGCUGCAGCAGAAGCUGCUGAGGAUGUGAAAAAGUUUAGAUCUUCAAGUAGCGUUUUUGGUAGAUUGGGACAAGAUAUUGACGCUGUGGAGACAAUUAAUCAGUCAUCAGAUUUUAGAGCACCAGAGCUGGAAGAUGGAGAGGAUGAAAAUUUUGACCAUAUUCCAGCAUUAAACCGAGUUCAUUAUCAUGAAAGAAGUGAUGACAACAGGGAGUUUGCUGGGGAUAUGACUAUGGCAGAGAAGGAAACUGGGAUGGAUGAUGAUUAUUCCUCAGAUAAUGGUGAAUAUGAUCAAGUAGGUAUUGUAACACAUCAUGGUUCAGAUACUUCUCAAAGUGCCUCUUUUGCUCACAAGGAUAAAAUGUUACAGACGAUGGAGUAUAGUGUUGCACAGAAUGCUGAUGAAGUAGUUCGGAAAACAAGAGUGAUGGAUCAGGAUCCACCUGCUAGUUCAGCAGCAAUGACAUCUAGCAAGAUCCUGAAUAUCUCUGUUAACGUGAAUACAUGGAAACCUCCACAUUACCAAGUUCCUAGGGAUGUUGCUGAGGCUGAGAAUCGAAUAACUGUAGAGAAGAGUGAGAUGAAUGUAGGGAAGCCCAAUGAUAGACUGCAAAAGGAGAAUGAUGCUACCAAGUCUGAGAAUAUAAAAGAAAUGGAGCAUGCAGAUGUUCAGAAGGAGCCUCAGAGGACUACAUCAACACCUGGUUCGUAUACAGCCGGCCUGCCUUCUGAUGAUGUUGAUUCUCGAACUCUCUUUGUUAGCAAUGUCCACUUUGCUGCCACUAAAGAUACUCUUUCUCGCCAUUUCAAUAAGUUUGGGGCAGUGCUAAAAGUAAUAAUUGUCACUGACGGUGCAACCGGCCAACCCACAGGGUCAGCCUAUGUAGAGUUCUUGAAGAAAGAAUCAGCAGAGUCGGCAUUAUCUUUGAAUGGCACGUCAUUUAUGUCUCGUAUUCUGAAGGUUGUUCGAAGAAGCUCUCAUGAAGCUGCCCCGAUGUUGGGUUGGCCCCGCAUUGCACGGGGCUCUCCAUUUGCUUCUAGGCUCGGCAGAAUACCAUAUCCAAGGUGUGCCAUUGGUGGUGCUUUCAGAGCCCGCCUCCCAUUUAAACCUGGAGCCCGGAGCUUACAGUGGAAGCGUGAAGCUUUAACUGCUCAGCCCACUGAGGGCACGAAAGGUCCUCCUAAUUCCUCACUUGGCUCUGGAAACAAUGCGCUCUCUCCAACUGCACGAAGUCUCACCUAUAACCGAACUGAACCAAAAGCAGACGGGAAUACUGGUCCAGCAUAGUUAUUGCAAGUGAAAGAAAAGGGCAACAGGGGGUUUUGCUUGGAGACGAGGCUUCCUUUUGUGAUUUAGCAUGCAAAACACAGAAAGCUUCGGGUGGCAUUGAAGAUGGAGAUGGAGGCUUUCUUAUGCCUUCUUCCUUCUGGAGGAGCGUUGUUGAUGGAGAUUGGUAAAGAGCUUCACCUUUCAGCCUGAUAGUUAUAGAAAUUUGAGACAAGGUUUCAAUCUUUAUUCCAUCCCUUGUGGCAUUCAAGAGCUGUGCCGAGGGUCGUCUGCGAAUAAAGGGGAAAGUUUAGGAAGUCAGAGGGUGCUGGGAUUAAUUUUCUCAUCAAACAAACAAAGCUCACCUUUUCUUUUGAUAUCUUCCUUAGAUCAUAUGAUUAAGUUACCCUGAUUUUUCUGGUGUCAUGGCUUUUUAAGUUGAGAAACUGUGAACUGGGGAAUGCAUCUAUCUAUUCAAAUAUAUGGUUUUAGUUUAAUUACUCUA